AUGAAGACCUUAUUACUCAUUAUUGUCCUCUGCAGAGUGCUCUCGUGGGCUUGGCCUGUUCUCCCAAGCUCUGAACAAACUACAGAAAAGGAAGCCCAGCAUGUGGAGAAGGAACAUUCACACACUUUGAACAGAAUUAGGAGGCGCAGAUAUGAUGUUCUUGGUACAUCGGAAUAUACCUUGUUACCAGACUUUGCAAAAUGGGAGAACAGAACUGUGACAUAUAGGAUUUUGAACUACACACAAAAACUGCCUCAGGCUGAUGUCGAUGAAAUCUUCAAGGAAGCAUUUGAAGUAUUCAGUAAUAUCACCUGUUUGACCUUCAUGCAGAGUUGGGAUGCAUCAGAUAUACAGAUCCUUUUUGGUGCUGGCAUCCAUGCAGAAGACUGUCCCUUUGAUGAAGAAGAUGGUGUGCUGGCUCAUGCUUAUUCAUCUUCUGCGGGUGGCAACAAAGCUUUUGUCCAUUUUGAUGAGGAUGAAAACUGGACAAAGGAUUUCAGUGGAAUUAACCUUAUGGCGACUGCUGUUCAUGAAUUUGCCCACAUACUAGGUUCCGACCAUUCAGCCAGCCAGGAAUCUCUGAUGUAUGAGUUCUAUGGAAACUCAAAUACAACCUUCAGACUUUCCCAGGACGAUAUUGAAGGCCUCCAGGCUCUUCACGGUAAGUGUAGCUUCCUGUCUGAAAGAAAACCAGGAAACUGUUCUCAUUGGCCAAGCUACCCAGCACCACCAACUGAAAUUCCAUCUGAACAGAUGUCCCCACCUCUGUGUGAACAAAAUAUAACUUUUGAUGCUGUCAUCACUUUCAAAGGAGAACUGCUUUUCUUUGACGGUGAACGCUUAUUACGGAAAGAUCCUGAGAAAAGAAAAUAUGAGAUGUAUAUUGAUUCUCUUUGGCCAAUUCUGCGCUGUGGCAUCGAUGCUGCUUAUGAAGCUGAAGGCACCACAUAUAUUUUUUAUGGUGGGAGGUAUCGAACUGCUAAUGAGGACCUCUCAAAUCUAAGUUCAUCGCAGUUUGUCUACACCCUGGGUCUCCCUUCCACAGAAAUGGAUGCAGCUGUUCAUGAUGAGGAAACAAAGAAAACAUUGUUCUUUGCAGGCGACGAGUACUGGAGAUACGAUGAAGAGACAAGGUCUAUGGAGGAGGACUAUCCCAGGAAGAUAGCAGCUGACUUUCCUGAAAUUGGCUCAAAAGUGGAUGCUGCGUUUCAGUAUAAUGGAAGUUUGUAUUUACUCAGAGGCCCCAAUCAAUAUGAGUUUGACCCUAGAACUUACAGAUUUAUUGAAAUAAAGAAGACCAACACUUGGUUUGACUGCGAAGAAUAA